ACCUGGGCGACCAUGCAGCAGUGGUGUACUCAGCAGUGUUCACCAGGUUGUUGUGUGGGGCGCUCCUUCUCGCUCCCUUAUCAUGUGUCUAUUGCAACUCCUUAUUUGGCUAGUUCUUGUAUCGCUAUCAUCUUGUACAGAUUUGGCAGCUGUGUAUAAACAUGACAUUCUCUUGCUUCGCGAUGUGGAUAAAAUGACUCAAAAUUUGCCUCGCCAAUGGGAAUCCCUAGUCUUACCACUUCCAAAUGGCCUCUCUUUCCCAAUAGGCCUAACUUAUGAUUUGCAGGGCAAUCGACUUUUUAUAGCUGAUGCUGUGCAUGACGACACCAAGAUCUUCGCUCUUUCCCUGGACUCGGACUACAAAGUGACAGCCACUCAUGCAGUAGUCAAAGAUGAAAAUAUCAUAGUGAUAGAAGAUAUGUCAUAUGACCCUACAUCCAAGCAUCUAUACUGGAUCGACACCUAUGCACACACUAUUUUCAAGACUUCCAUCCCAGACAAUUUUGAGGGAAAUGAUGCAUUGGAUCUGGAGCAUUUGAAAGUUUUUACCAACACUGUUAAACCUCGUGGGAUUGCAGUGGAUUACUGCAAUGAAUUGUUGUACUGGAGUAAACGAAAUGGAUCAGGAGAAGUGAAAAGCAGUGUAGAGAUGCUGGAUUUGGCUGGAGAUGAACAUAGAAUCAUUCAACAUGACAAGGACCUUAAUUUUUAUUAUCAGGGCUUAACAUACGAUUUCCCACAUGGAGCACUUGUUUGGGCAGAGACUUUAGGAGAUAACUAUACCACAAGCUGCUGUCGCAUUGUCACCUCGCCUUCCAGGGCAGCAGAACAUUGUGAACUUUUAAGCAUGGAAAACUGUUUUCCAUUUUCUUUAACAGUUGAUGAGGAAUACAUUUACUGGGCAGAUUGGGGCAAAGAAGGCAUAAUGCGUGCAUCACUGACCAAUCCUGAUGAUGUUGUGAAGCUUGUUCAUACUCCUUCUGUUAUAUCAGACAUUUCAAAGCAUCAUGGAGUUUAUGGCCUUGCCUUGUUAAAUAGCUCAGUAAAAAACUCCUCCUUGGAUUUAUGUAAAGGACAGAAAAAGUUCAGGUGUAAAGAUCAUAAGAGUUUCAAGUGUAAAGUAGAUAACAUGACUGACCUGGAAACUGACAUAAAAAGCUUGCCUGCCAAACCUUCUCACCCAGAAUCAGCCACUGAAGAAAUUUAUAAGGAUGCCAUCAUAAGUGCAAAGUCAGCAACCAUACACUCAUUGAAUUCAUCAGCAAGUCACACAGAAAAUGUUGGUCAUGAGGGUAAGAAAAAUAUAAAACCAGUAAAACAUAACACUGAGAAAAUUAAUAAAUACAAUAACACUAGUGCAGAUUCAAUAAGCACCAACUCAAUGAAUUCAGUAGAAAGUCGUGCAGAAAAUGUUGAUGGUCAGGAUGCUAAGAAGAACGUAAUAAGCUCCGUGAAACAUGAAAAUGAAGCUUUUCACAAUGCUUCUUUAUUUUUGCAAACAAAUGCAUCAAUGAUCAAAGAAGAAAUGUAAGUAGAAUAAUAUUGGUUUAUGUUACACAGUAAUUAUUUCAUAUACAGUGUGAAUAAGUUGGUUGUGGUCAUUCAUGGAACAACUUCCAUGGAGAUUUUUUUUUUCUGUGGCUAAACUUGGGCAUCCUCUGGUUGUGCUC